GCGGGUGAGAGAGCGCGGUUGCGGGUGGCGGUGCUGACGGUGGCUUCUGAGCGUGCCGGGCUUCCCGCGGCCCGUCCGGGCGGGAGCGGCGCGUGAGGGGAGAGCGGCAGCCGGAGCCUCGCCGGCGUUCGUCGCCUUCAGCGCGGUGAGCCCCGACGGCGGCGGGAGGUGGGGUGAGGUGAGAAGGACUAUGGAACCUCUGCAGCCCUGUAGAUUUGGAAGGCUUAAAUCCAGAUUUGAAAGGACCCUUCCCAAUCCAGAUGAUUCGCUGGUUUAAGUGCUUAUUGAGGAUGAUUUUUGAACAAGUUGGACUUAACAUGGAAUCAGUACUUUGGUCAAGCAAGCCUUAUGGUUCAUCUCGAAGUAUUGUAAGAAAAAUUGGUACUAACCUCUCUCUAAUCCAGUGUCCAAGAGUUCAGUUUCAGCUUACUUCUCAUGCCACAGAAGGAAAUCAUCCUCACCAAUUCAGAGAAGAUGCAGUGGCUUCCUUUGCAGAUGUGGGAUGGGUUGCUCAAGAGGAAGGUGAAGUUUCUACAAGGCUCAGGUCCGAAGUCUGGUCAAAAACGGUCCCGCCCCUUUCAGGUGAGCUACAUCAGCCUGGAAAUGCCCUGGGCGGACAGGACUCCGUACCAAACCUGUUACACAAAGAGCCCACUCCUAGGAACACGGUAAUCGCAAAUGAAGAAGCUCUGCAGAAGAUCAGCGCUCUGGAAAAUGAACUAGCCACUUUAAGAGCACAAAUAGCCAAAAUUGUCAUCUUGCAAGAGCAACAGAAUCUGACAGCAGUUGGGCUGAGUCCGGUUCCCCCAGCUGCUGUCCCUGGUGUGCCACCGCCACUGCCGCCGCCUCCCCCUCCACCGCUCCCUCCCCCAGCUCUGCAGCAAAGUGUGUCUGCCAUUGAGCUCAUCAAAGAACGGAAAAACAGAAAAACAAACUCUGGCCGGAUUCCAACGGAAAAUGGGCCAAAGAAGCCUGAAAUACCAAACAUGCUAGAAAUCCUCAAAGACAUGAACAGUGUGAAACUACGCUCGGUGAAAAAAUCGCCGGGAGAUACAAAACCGAAAGUAGCCGACCCCUCAGAUCCUGCAGCUUUAAUAGCAGAAGCACUCAAAAAGAAGUUUGCUUAUCGAUACCGAAGGGAUAGCCAAGGUGAAACUGAAAAAGUAAUUCCCAAGUCUGAAACAAAAACAAAGAGUGAAGUAGUGCUGUUUGGACCGCACAUGCUGAAGUCCACAGGAAAAAUGAAGACUUUAAUUGAAAAAUCUUAAUGUAUUGAGAUCACUGCGUGAAAGACUGUCGAGCUGUUUCGUCUGAAGUCUCCUAUGCUGCAAAUAGCAUUAGUACCGAGUGGUCUUACACAAUGCAGAAGAAAGCUGAUGUGAAACACGGAACUGUGGAACUAAACAUGAAGUUUGAGGUGCGUGUUUGCAUGUGAUUUACCACAAGGAAUAAAUUCGACCUUAAACUCAGGUAUCAAUUUUGUAUUCAGACGUGGCUUUCUAUGUAGACUUACAUGAUGGUUUUUGUUCAGUAACACUAUGUUAUCUCUACAACAUUCCUUGUGUAUAAUUGACCGCCUUAAAACAUUGUGUACAUGUUAAGAAUGACAGGGAUGCACCCUUAAGUUAAUCACUCAUUUGAGCUCUAAUGGUAACUUGCACUACAAUGUUGAGUUUCAUACUGACUUUUUCUACAUCAGUGUUUCUUUUAAACUUAAUUUUAGCAAAUUUUUAGCCCCCCCCC